AUGCCUUAUCCAAAUAAAAUGUAUGAGAUAUAGCUUUAAAAUCCACUAUAUGAUGCUUUUCUUGACAAGGAUAAUAAUUAUGUUUUUGUAUCAGAUUUUAAUGGUUUUAUUUAUGCAUUAACAUUUCCAUAAUUAGUUCUUGUUAGAUAAACGUAAGUGACUAGUUCUAGAAUAAAUAGUCUUUAUUUUGAUUCAAAGCACAACAUGCUAAUAUUUGGAUGUUUAGCUUCUAAUACAAUAGGUUAUUAUAAUGUUGUUUAAUUCAUGUAAUCAUUUGCUAACACUUUCUCUUAUUCGUAUGUAGGUGUGAUGUCUACUCUUUAAACAUAGUAAGGAAUUAUAUUCUAUCAAGAAGGUAAUGUUAUUUAGCUUUGGGAUUAUAAGUCUAAGUAAUUAAGAUAUGGAUUUUAUGUUGCAGACUCAGGUAUAGAUUUCUAUAGUGAUUUUAUCCUCAUCGAAGGUUAAGCUUCAAUUGCUGCUUUACUAACUCCAAAAAUGUUCCAGAAAUACAUAAAUACAAGGGUAUUUGAUUUGUUCAUAUGUGAAUUACAUAACAAUUUUAGAUGUGAAUGA